UCGCGCUGCAAAAUGUGGAACUAAGGGCUAGUGAUGGAUGUUGAUUAUUGGACUAAAUGACUCUAGUAUGGGCGACCAACAGUAUAAAUCAUGCACGAACUAAACAUCUCAUUGGCUCCGGGAACACUUUCGGUGUGGGGACGCUGAAUGUGAGGCUAUUUGCUCCUAAGUAUUCUCGAAUUGAGCGCUCACGUUCCUAGGAUGCUGAAAACGACCGCAUCGGUCAGUACUCAAGUAGACCAAGUAUUAAGGAGUAUUUAUCAAGGGGCCGGCGAUAAAAUCAACAUUUCUACAUUAACACCGACUAGUGAGACGAGACUCCUUUCUCUCUGCAUCAAUCAGGAAAAAGGGAAGAGCGGCCAUCGAUCAUUUUGUAGAAGUGCAGAACGGGGUGUUUUGAUGGAGAGAAACCCUGGUUUUCGGAUUUGUGAAGACAUCAGUGUAAACAAAAAUCAGUUUUCGGAAACUAAGGUUAUCGUAAUUCAACGAGCAUGGCGCGCCACUCUUCACCGAAAGCCGAACCUGCACACUGCGUGCAGGAAUUUGUCUCCACAGAGCCAGCCACCUCCUCUCAGACAGCUUCAGGUGUCCAUGAGGGUAAACGGAUUUGGUAGCGAUGUGUCUCUGGAGGAGCUGAAGAGGUUACAGAGUAAUCUGAAGCAAGAGAACGAUGGGAAAUAUCAGCUACAAAGUCAUCAGCUCACAAUGGACAUAGAAAACAACAUUGAGAAGUGCCAAAUUAAAAUGCAGCCACUAGAGUCAAAAGUUUUAAUCAUCCAGCGAGCAUGGCGUGAGUACCUCCAGCGGCAGGACAGUCUCCACCCGAGCUGCAUGGAGAAGCGCAGUCCUUCCCCACCCUCUCUCUCCUCUGAAAAGAUGAGCACAUCCAUCAGCAUGAACACCCUGUCGGAUGGCAGCACUCCUGAUUACAGGGAGGAUGGUAUGGACUUGGGAAGUGAUGCCGGCAGUCGCUCCAGCUCCGAAUCAAACUCCAACAAAGUGACGCCCUGUUCGGAGUACAAGUCUUCUCCCAGCCUGGACCUGGCCACCUUAGAAGACUACGAAGAAGAUGAGGACUAUCAGGAGUACAAGAAGAAGGUGAUCGAGGAGUGGGAAAGCGAGUAUGGGGAUUACGCAGACAACGAGGGCUACAGAAAAACGGUGAACAGCAGGAGUUUAGCCGAGGAGUUCCAAGAUGUUAAAAGCCCCACCCCUCCUCCUCCCCUUGACCCUGCUCCUGAGGAACUGAAGCAGAAUGGCAAUAUUGUUCCAAGUCACUUGGGAGCUAAAGCAAACGAACCACUUCAGCAGCCCAGCCAGCCCCUGAGGAUAACAGGAGGGGGUGUGGACUCCCCAAGGCAGGAGAGCUCGGGAACUAACACCGCAGAGGAACCUCAGCUUCCCACCAUGGACUGGGAAGCACUAGAGAAGCAUCUGGCUGGCCUGCAGUUCCGGGAACAGGAGAUGCGUAACCAAAACCAGAGCCAGGGAAAAACCAAUUACACCUCAGCCCAAAAGAAUGAGAGAGAAUCCAUUCGGCAGAAGCUGGCGCUGGGCAGCUUUUUUGACGAUGGCCCUGGCAUUUAUACCAGCUGCAGCAAGAGUGGGAAGCCAAGUCUGUCGGCACGCCUUCAGAGUGGGAUGAACCUGCAGAUCUGCUUUGUGAACGACAGCGGCAGUGACAAAGACAGUGAUGCAGAUGACAGCAAGACUGAAACAAGCCUGGACACCCCGCUGUCCCCAAUGAGCAAGCAGAGCUCCUCCUACUCGGACCGGGACACCACCGAAGAGGACUCGGAGUCCCUGGAGGACAUGGACUUCCUCAGCAGGCAGAAGAAACUCCAGGCUGAGGCCAAGAUGGCUUUAGCAAUGGCUAAGCCCAUGGCCAAGAUGCAGGUGGAGGUGGAAAAACAAAAUAGAAAGAAGUCCCCGGUGGCUGACCUGCUGCCUCACAUGCCGCACAUCAGCGAAUGCCUCAUGAAGCGGAGUUUAAAGCCCACAGACCUGAGAGAUAUGACACUGGGUCAGUUACAAGUUAUAGUCAAUGACCUCCACUCCCAGAUUGAAAGUUUGAAUGAAGAACUUGUGCAGCUUCUUCUAAUAAGGGACGAGUUACAUAUGGAGCAGGACGCCAUGCUGGUAGACAUUGAAGACUUGACUAGGCACGCUGAAAGUCAGCAAAAGCACAUGGCAGAGAAAACCCCAAAGUAAAAACUACCACCGAGACAAGGAAGAACAAGGCUAGAUUUUAUUUUGCUUCUGUGGUUGUACAAGUUCUGGAGAUGGAGCACUUCCUGAGGGUUUUAAACAAAAAGUCAGUGUUAGUCAUCAAUACCGUCCGAAGCUUUCUGUCCAGUGAUUGGCCUUGCUUCUUCAUAACUUCUUUUUAACUUUUUACAUUUGCCACUAAAUAAUAAUGGUCAUUUUAAUAAGAGAAAUAUAUAUAUAUUAAAUUGGUGGAAACUAUACGAUAAUAGUGAGAUAGUAAAUAAAAGCAUUGUAAAAAAAUAAAUUAACUUCUGGAUUUAAGGUUGGACAGUAUUUUACAGGUGGCCUCUUUAUAUUCUGCACAAAUGGUAGUUUUCAACUGAGAAACUUUUAUUUGAAGGUGCUAAAUGAGUCAAAAGGAUACAUGCCUGCCUUGUAGUAAAGUUGUAGCUUUUGGUAAUCUGUUCACUUUACUCAGUUCUCAACAUUUUGUGAAUGUUGAUUUUCUGACACGAGUCAUUUUCAAUAAGUGUGUUAAUAUCAUUUCAUCCAAUUGUAUUCCGAAUAUUAUUUGGGGGAAUUUUGUGUACAGAUAUGUAAAAUAAAAAAUAAAACCUUGUUUCAUAUUCCA